AUGCCGGUGCUGGUGUUGGUGCUGAUGUCGGUGUCAGCACUGGUACUGGUAUUGAUGCUGGUGCUGCUGCCAGUACCGGUGCUGGUGUCGGUGCCGGAGUUGUGUUGGUGCCAGUGCCGGACGCUGUGCCAGAGCUUCAACCUCACCCACGCGUGCGCCAACGCCACGACGGACAGCUGGUUCAAGGAAAGCCGCGUCUUCCUGGUGGCACUGUACAGUGCCGUGUGCGCGCUGGCGCUGCCGGCCAACGGGCUCACGGCGUGGCUGGCGCUGCGGCGGGCGCGCCGCGGCAACGUGCUGGCCGUCUACCUCUUCUGCCUGGCGCUGUGCGAGCUGCUGUACGCCGGCACCCUGCCGCUCUGGGUGCGCUACAUCCAGAACUGGCACCGCUGGCCGUUCGGCCCCUGGGCCUGCCGGCUCACGGCCUUCGUCUUCUUCUGCAACAUCUACGUCAGCGUCCUCCUGCUCUGCUGCAUCUCCUGCGACCGCUUCCUGGCGCUGGCGUGGCCGCUGCGCAGCCGGGGCUACCGCCGCCCGGCCACAGCCGCGGGGGUCUCGGCCGCUGUCUUCGGCGUCGUGGCCGCAGCCCACUCCCCGGCCUUCUACCUCAGUCACAACAGCAACGGCCUCGACUACGGCAACGCCACCUGCUUUGAGGCUCUGCCCGUGACGCGCACGGCUGCCGCCUUCUACGGCGCACGCUUCGUGCUGGGCUUCGCGCUGCCCCUGGCCGUGCUGACCUUCACCAGCCUGCGCGUGGCCCGCAGCGUGGCCCGCAGCCCCGGCCUGCCCGCCGCCCGCAAGGCCCGGGCGAGGCGCCUGCUGCUGGCCGUCCUGCUGGUCUUCCUGGCCUGCUUCGCGCCCUACCACCUGGUGCUGCUCCUCCGGGCCGCCGCCUUCUCCCACCUGCAGCCCAGCGAGCUCUGCCCCCUGGAGUGGAACGUGUACACGGCCUCCGUGGUCUGCCUGAGCCUCUGCACCCUGAGCAGUGUGGCUGACCCUGUCAUCUACCUGCUGGCCACAGGCCGCUGUCGGCACGCGGCCAGGCUGCACCGGCGGCGGCGGGAGGCGCGGGGUGGCCGGGCAGUCGGCAGCACCUGCUCGCCCACCGCACCCGUCCCUGGCGCCCUGUCCCCGGGUCCCACCCAGCCGCCCACUCUGGGCCAGGAGCUCUGCUGA